AAUACCACCACAAAGACAAAUACAAGCAUGGUCAGAUCAUAUCUACGGCAUGAGCCAACACAGGCUUUUGGUUUGAUUUGCUCACCUGCUGGAAGGGCUACUUUGGCUUCUGAUGGAAAGACGGCAACCGUGGCAGCUCUUGAAGAUGUUUUACGUUGGGACGUUAAAACAGGUGAACAAAUGGCAAUGUGGCAUGAAACAGGUCAUUCAAGUCCAGUGACUGCAAUUGCACAUUCACCACAAUCAGGCAACCAGAUCGGGGGUUCUACGUCUGAUUUAUACGCUGUAGGAUAUGCUGAUGGAUCUAUACGGGUAUGGGAUGCACUUUCAUCGACCGUUCGACUCACGCUAAAUGGACACAAAAGUGCGAUCACUGCCCUGCAAUUCGAUCAAGAUGGCCUCUUACUCGUCAGCGGAAGUCAAGAUACCAAUAUCACAUUGUGGGACAUUGUCGCUGAAAAUGGUCUUUUCAGAUUAAAAGGACAUCGUGAUGCAAUCACUGAUUUAUCACUUUUACGAUUACCAGUCGUUGGCGAAGGGGAAGAUGAUAGCAAAGAACCUUCAACAUCUUCAAAUCAACUCGGAUACAAGAGUCUUCUCUGCUCCACCUCAAAGGAUGGCCUACUAAAGGUUUGGGACCUCGCAUUGCAACACUGCCUAGAAACUGUCCUGCCCGGCAAAGGAGAACUUUGGAGCUUAUCAGUCUUAUCUGCCGAUCAGAUUGGUGCUCCAAGUGGUACCGCAUUGAUACUAGUUGGUAACUCAGAAGGAAAACUCAAGAUUUACGAAGCAAAUGCAGCUGCACUAAUCUCCGCUUCAAACUCGUCUGGCGGCAAAGUUCAAGAGCUUCAGUCUUCUUCUGUCAAGUUUUUGGCUGAUCAUGGUCAGAUAGACCUUGUGGGAGGAAGACGUGUUUCGCAGAUAGGCUUCAAAGCUAUUCCUGGUACGCAAGAUAGUCGUUUCAUCGGUGUCUCCGCUAGUGAUAAAAGUGUUGAGCUCUUUCGCAUUCGAACUCAAGAUGAUAUUCGAAAGAAGAUGGCCAGGAGGAGAAGAAGGGCAAAAGAAAAGGCUGAAAAGAAGAAUGGAGCAGCAUCAAAGGAUGCUGACGAAGCUGAUACAGUAGCUGCUGAACCAACAUGGCAGGAUCGCCUGGAAGCUUACACCAUCAUUAGACCUGGAAGAGGAAAGAUAAAGAGCUUCGCAUUUGCUGAGCAAGACCAACAAAAUGCAUCUUCUUCAGCUUCUGCGUAUCGUGGAGCCAUCCCGAUUCUCCUUGCAAUGGCUAAUAAUUCCCUGGAAGUGUUCCAUUUGCCUAUGCCAAAGAAGAACAAAGAAGAAGGUGAAGCUCCAACCAAAGAAGCUACCUUGGUGGCCGGCUUGGAUCUUGCAGGUCAUCGAUCAGAAGUGCGAGCGAUCGCACUAUCAUCAGAUGAUUCACUGUUAGCAACAGCAGACAGUGCUGGUAGUUUGAAAAUUUGGAAUGCAGCAUCGGGUCGUAUGGUACGCACCUUGCCUUGUGGCUAUGCUCUUUCACUUGCUUGGCUACCGGAUGAUCAACAUGUGCUCGUAGGCUGCAAAGACGGCACUCUCAAAACGUAUGAUGUUCGUUCUGGUGUUCAACUGGAAGAUAUUCCUGCACAUCAGGGACCGAUUUGGAGUGUAGCAAUUCACCCAGACGGUCAAAGUUGCCUGACAGCCAGUGGAGACAAGGAUGUCAAAUUUUGGGAGUUCGAAUCGAGAUCUCAAGAGGAGGAAGAGGAGGAGAAGAGCGAACAAGAAGAUGACGAUGACGAAGAAGAAUCUUCUCCCAAGUCUUCUGCAACUUUAGGUCUAGCGCAUAUCCGAACACUCAAAAUGACAGACGAUGUUUUGUGUGCCAAGUUCUCGCCAGAUGGACGAUUGUUAGCACUUGCUUUGCUUGAUUCUACCGUAAAGGUAUUCUAUGCAGAUUCGCUCAAGUUCUUCUUGUCUCUUUAUGGCCAUAAACUCCCCGUUUUAAGCUUGGAUAUUUCCGGAGAUAGCAAAUUAUGCGUCACCGUAAGUGCCGAUAAGAAUGCAAAGAUUUGGGGUCUAGAUUACGGAGAUUGUCACCGUAGCUUGUUCGCACAUGAAGAGAGCGUAAUGGCAGUCGCAUUCGAGAAAGGCGAUCAAGGAGGUGGUUUGAUGGGAGGAAGAGAAGGUGUUUCUCAUAGAUUCUGGACAUGUGCAAAAGAUGGCAAGUUGAAAUACUGGGAUGGAGACAAGUUUCAAUGCGUUCAAACAAUGUCCGGUCAUCAUGGCGACGUUACAGGUCUUGCAGUUGGUUCGAAAGGCACUGUGAUCGUUAGCGCGGGCUUAGAUCGUAGUAUUCGUGUUUGGGAAAAGACGGAAGAACCACUGUUCCUGGAAGAAGAAAGAGAACGUGAACUGGAAGAGAUGUACGAAGGCGGAGGUCAAAAAGAACGUGAUGACGAUGACCGUCAAUAUGGUAGUUUGGCCGAAGGUAAUGAAAACCAAGGUCAACCUAAUGGAGAGGUGAAUGAGGUUGAAGGUGUAACGAGGAGCACAAAGGAAACAAUGUUGGCCGGAGAAAGAUUAUUGGAAGCUAUCGAACUCGCAACAGCCGAUCUCGAAGGUUUGGCAGAGUAUGAACGUCAAAAGAAGACCACUGGUUUGAGCCUUGCUCCUCCUGCACGCAAUCCGAUCAUCAAUCAUGCCUUUGGACCAGGAGAGGAUGUCGAUGUACAUGCAUACGUUCUCAAGGUAGUCUCAAAGAUUUUGCCUGCUCAAUUAGACGAUGCACUUUUGGUGCUACCAUUUGACGGAGUGAUGCGAUUAAUGAUUCAUUUGAAUUAUUGGGCAAGCAAAGAAUGGAAUAUGACUUUAGUGGCUAGAAUUUUAUUCUUCCUUUUACGCAAUUAUCAUGGUCAAAUCGUUUCUAAUCGAAUCAUGCGAACGACAUUGCAAAGUUUACGACGUCAUUUACGUGCUUCAUUACAACGUCAAAAGAUGACCAUAGGUUACAAUUUAGCCGGUUUGCAAUUCGUCAAAAGCAAAUUGAUUGAAAAGAGAACAGAUGAUAUGUAUAUGCGAGAUGGUUUCGAUUUGGACGAGGAAACCGUCAAACAGAGAUUGGAACAGAAUGUAGCCAGAAAGCGAAAGAUGGUCGCUUGAUCGGCAAGUUGUAUACAAUCUAUACCAAUUUCAUUGUUCAUGCAAAUAUUCGUUGCUCUUAGACUGUCUUUUUUGGUGCUG